AUGCGUCAAGGAAUCAUUAACGGGCCGCCAUCCUUCCAGCGUAUUAUUAACCAAAUUCUUGGUCCAGCAAGAUGGAGAUACACAUUAGCAUACAUUGAUGAUAUAAUAAUUUAUUCAAGAACAUUGAAAGAUCAUAUAAUACAUUUGGAACGCGUACUGGAUACAUUGGACAAGGCUAAUUUUCAAUUAAAUGUAGAAAAAUCAGAAAUUGCCAAGGAGGAAAUCGGCUUCCUCGGACAUCAUAUUAAACAAGGAAACAUCCGACCAAAUGCCGACAACAUACGUGGUUUAUUGAAUACCCAAACACCCACUACUGCCGAAGAAGCGUGCCGUUUUCUCAAAGGUGCAGAAUAUUAUCGUAAAUUCAUUCCACAAUUUUCGAAAAUAGCUGAUCCAUUGUAUAAAUUUGUUCCGAAGAAGAAACAGUCUAGUUCAAAAAUAACACCAAUUACACUGAAGAAGGAAGAAGAAAACUCAUUCAAUGAGUUAAAGCAUAUAUUGACGACGGAUCUCGUCCUGCAUCUCCCGAACAAUCAAUUGAGAUAUAAAAUCCAAACGGAUGCUUCAAAAAUGGGGAUCGAUGCAGUAUUAUUGCAAACUUAUCCAGAUGGAAAAGAACGACCAGUGGCAUAUUUAUCGAAAAAAUUCACCCCGAGACAGCAAAACUGGUGUACAAUUGAACAAGAAUGUUAUGCGAUAUUGAAGGCGAUUGAACAAUGGCAUCAAUAUGUAGAUGGCGUUGAAUUUCAAAUUCAAACGGAUCACAAUCCAUUAAAAGCAUUGAAUAAAAGAGCACAGAAGACACGAAAUGUGAGCCUUGGCGAUUGA